AUGGAGACCGUUAAUAGUUGUAUCCCUGCCGUGCUGUUGGCUGUUUUGUUGACCCUAGGCCUCGUCCAGUCUGCAUCCAUUGACCAGCUCAUCUCAGAAGCUGCCACAAGUCCUGAAGCAUUCGCAUUUAUCCAGGAUGAUGUGGGAACCGUCAAAGUGGAGUUGGACAUGCUGUUUACAGCCGACCAGUGGAGGGAAAUCCAGGAAUUGAACGAGACGAAUAUAGAAGAUAUCAGGACCAAGAGGAAAGCUGUCAGGCCUUUGAACUACAGGUGGACAAGGAAAACUGUCCCCUACACUAUCAAUCAUCAGUUCAAUCAGCGGGAACGCCAGGUAAUUCAGUCAGCCCUUGGGGAUUGGAUGAGGUACACGUGUGUCAAGUUCAGGCCGGCUCAGCGGAGUGACAGUAACAGAAUAACAUUCCAGAAUGGCGGAGGAUGUUCCUCUUUCGUCGGUAUGUUGGGGCGUGGAUCACAGCCCGUAACCCUUGGAUACGGUUGCCGUCACAAAGGCGUUGUCAUUCACGAAGUGGGUCACGCGCUCGGCUUCCAUCACGAGCAGACUCGUCCUGACAGGGACAAUUACGUCACGAUCGUACGUCAGAACAUUCCGUCCAGUGUGCUCUUCAACUUCCAGAAGUACUCCACCGGCGUUAUCAACACGUACUCAGUCCCCUAUGACUACAAGAGUAUAAUGCACUAUGGUGGCACGGCUUUCUCUACGAACGGUCGGAGAACAAUUAUUACUAAGGAUCCCCGCUACCAGAACGUCAUCGGGAACCGCCAAGGACUCAGUUUCCGGGAUAUUAAACUGGCGAGCAUAAUCUACAACUGCGCAGAGAACUGUCCCCAGAAGUCUUGUCCGGGGGAGGGAUUUGUGGGUAAGGACUGUCGAUGCUGGUGUCCCGGAAAUCCGGUGCAGGACUGUGACGGAGGAAGUGUAGUGACAACCCGUAAGCCCGUCGUCACCCCUCGCCCCACGACACGCCCCACGACACGUCCCACCACCAGGCGACCCACAGGGAACUGUAUAGAUGCCAACACCCACUGUGCCAGCUGGGCAUCUCAGGGCGAGUGUACCAAGAACCCCGCAUACAUGAAGCUCUACUGUAAGAAGUCUUGUAACACGUGUGGAGGAGGCAGUGUUAUUACCGAGCGCUGUACCGAUGCCCGCACAACUUGCUCCUACUGGGCCAGGUCGGGUUUCUGCAACUACGGCUAUUACAGAUCCUACAUGAGACAGACCUGUCGACGCUCCUGUAACUUAUGUACCUCUUCCUCGGCUGCUGCGGCUGGCAGAAGUGGUUCAGGGAGCUGUACAGAUUCUAACGCAAAUUGUGCUUACUGGAGUCAAACUGGAGAAUGCUCGAAAAACCCGAACUACAUGCUUCAAUACUGCCGGAAGUCGUGCAACAGCUGCAACACAGGCAAGUAA